AUCAGUUGGGCACCGUCUGUGAGAAAACAGCACCAUGACGCAAUUUACUUUGCCAGAAAAUCCUGUAGUGCUUCACAUUCGCGCCUGAAGCGAACAUUUCAGAGUGUUUGGGUGUCAAUCUGAGGACAGUGCAAUGUGGGGACAUGUACCAAGAGUGAUAAAAAUCAAACAUCCACUCAACAUCAUGAAAGAGAUAUUUACAUCAGCAAGUAUUUACAUCACCAGUGAUGGUGAUGUUAUGCUUCCAUUCAUCUUCCCACACGGCCUCAGAAUCAACAUGGAGGCCUACAUCAAGUGUCUGGAAGAGGUAGUGCUGUCCUGGGUCAAGAGGGUGGCUGUUAGAAGACCCUAUGUCUGGCAACAGGACUCUGCACCAUGUCACACAAACAAGAAAACUCAGUCAUGGCUGUCAGACAAUUUCUGCGCCCAUAGAAGCCAUAACUCCCCACACUGCAACCCCCUUGAUUAUUAUGUGUGGGGUACGGUUGAGCGAGAGAUCAACAAAACUCCUUGUAACAUCAAAGAUGAACUGAGGGUAAAAUUAUGGCAGCAUUGACCAACUUAAACAAGGAGAAGAGUAGCAGGAAAUUCCAAAGUCGU